UUCAUCUUCGUUUCGAAAAUUCAAUUUUCAUUUACCGCCAAACGCUAUCUCACUCACUGCCAUGGAAGCAGAAGAACACUUUCAAUCUCACGCUUCUUCGGUUGAAGGCAUGGAAGAAGUGGUGGCAACGGUAAGCGGCUACCAUGGCUCCGAGCGAUUCAAUCUCAUUAAGCUGAUUUCACACGCCGGCGCCAAUUACGUUGGCGCAAUGUCGAAAUCUAUAACGCAUCUGGUGUGUUGGAAAUUUGAAGGAAAGAAAUAUGAUAUUGCACGAAAGUUUAGAAUUCUAAUAGUUAACCAUCAAUGGAUUGAAGACUGCAUAAAAGAAGGAAGGCGUGUUCCAGAAGAUUCUUAUACAUUGCAAAGUGGACAUGAAGUAGGGCCAUUGUUAUUGGAAGUUCCCCUCAUUGUUCGAUCCAGUAGCUUGACAAAGAAUAAACUGGUCAGUGACAAGUUACAUGAUAUUGGCUCUGGAAGGCAAAAUACCAACUUCAAUUCUGGAGCUUCCGGAACUUAUGUUUUAGAAGAUUCUUGUUUAAUGAAAAAGCAUGAGGAGUCAAGUUCAUAUUCGUCUAGACUGUCAAGGAAAGGAAAAAGGGAUAUUUGCAAUGGUGAGGGAGCCAGUACUGUGGCUGGACCUUCUCGUAAAGGAAAAAGACUUGCAAGAAAUCUUGUUGAUGAAGUGGUGUUGGAACCUUCAAUUUUGGAUUUAAGCCCAGAUGACCGCUUUUUUAGGAUGGAUAGACUGCAAACUGAUGCUGCAGCUACCUCUAGCCUUUCUGGUGGUGUCAACAAUAACAUUAUUCUAGAAAAUGGUGAAGGUCCUGAUGCUGGAUUAAGUAAUCAAAGUAGAACUAUCGAUGGAGGUUCAGAUAAUAUUGAACAGAUCAGAGAACCAAAUCAUAUAUCUACACCUAGAAAUUCAAAUUUGUUUGUAGAAGAUCCCCUUCCUAUGACACGAACAUCAAUUGAUUUAUGUUCCAGUGAUGAUGAAAAAUUCACGGAUGGUGAUCAGAUUGAUAAUGUUGCAGGCUUACCUACUUCAACAGAAUUGUCAUGUGUUAUAUGUUUCACAGAUUUCAGCUCAACACGGGGGAUUUUGCCAUGUGGGCACCGAUUCUGUUUUCCAUGCAUCCAGAGUUGGGUUGAUCAUAGGACUAAAAUGGGAAAAACAUCAACCUGCCCUUUGUGCAAGGCACGUUUUGUGAUGAUUAAGAAAGUUGAGCAUGCAGCCACUGCUGAUCAAAAAGUGUACUCCCAGACAAUCCCAUGUGACAAUUCAACCUCGGAUAUUUUUAUCCCCAUGGAUCAAGAAUUACAAGUUAAUAUGUUUGAGUUCUCACAGGUAGGCGCCUGUGUAGUUUGCCGUGGUCGAGAACCAGAGGAUCUCCUUGAGAGUUGUGAUGUUUGCCGGUUUCGAAAGAUCCAUUCCUAUUGCAUGGACCCUCCUCUACGGCCAUGGACUUGCACUCCCUGCAAGGAACUUAGGAAUGUUUAUCGUAGUAACCACUCAUAUUAGUGUGCAUCUUUUUAUUCAGUGCAACUCUUUGGAGUCCCAACCAUGUCACCUGAUGAAAUCCAUUGUGAUAUGCUGCAAAUCUAAAUCCAAACUCUACUCGUUGCAUUUUUAAAUGACUUAAUUCUCAACAAUAAAACUAUGAAAAUGUUAACUAUGAUUGGAUUGCU